AUGUCCGGCAAUGACUAUAACAGGAGGAAUAAAGUUCCCAGGCCGUUGUCUGACCACGAGAAGGCGCGCUUAGAUGAAUUCAUCGAUUCCAUACACUAUUCAGCGAGAUAUUCAGACGAUGAGUAUGAAUACCGGCACGUACAACUGCCUAAGAAUAUGCUGAAGGCAAUUCCCAAGGACUAUCAUGAUCAACAGAAGGGCACAUUGAAAUUAUUGUGGGAAGAAGAAUGGCGAGCAUUGGGUAUUACCCAGAGUCUUGGAUGGGAGCAUUACGAAGUACACGAGCCUGAACCACACAUCCUUCUAUUCAAGCGGCCUAUUAAUUACGUGCCUCCCGGACAGUAG